UUUGUCCUUCGCUCGCCGCUUGGCUCUCGCCAUCAUCCUAUGCACUCGCACUGCUCGCCAUGAAACUCAAGUUCCCUCAAGUCGCUGGGUUCCAGCUAGUGCAGCAGCUGGGCGGAGGAGGUUUCUCUAUAGUUUACCGUGCGGUGAACUUUGACGAUCACCGUGUCGCAGCGUGCAAAGUCGUUACACUUACGCCGGAGACAACCGAGAAGGAGCGCAAGACAUUCGACAAAGAGAUGCGUAUCCACUCUGCGCUCAAGCACGACAACAUUCUCGAAUUCAUCACUGCUGUCAUUGUCGAGCCGAGCCAGCCGGCGAACCCGUACCACCCCGGCCUGUAUAUGCUACUGGAGCUCGCCGCAGGAGGAGACCUCUUUGACAAGAUCGCUCCGGAUGUUGGCGUGGGCGAAGAAGUCUCGCACUACUACUUCUCGCAGCUUAUAGCCGGACUGCAAUACAUCCACAGGGAGGGCGUGUGUCACCGCGAUUUGAAGCCCGAGAACGUUCUGCUCGAUGCCGGCGGCACACUCAAAAUCAGUGAUUUUGGUCUGUGUGCGGUAUACAUGCUUAAGGGGACCGGAAAGACAAGGAUGCUCUCAGAGCGUUGUGGGAGUCUGCCGUACCUAGCUCCAGAGAUGUGCCGUGAUGCUCCGUACGAGGCUGAACCUAUUGACGUCUGGGGCAGCGGCGUCAUCCUCUAUGCAUUGCUCGCCGGCAACACGCCUUGGGACGAGCCGACGAAGCACAGUUAUGAGUAUGCGCACUACCUCACCGGCGAGUGCUUCGACGAUGCGCCAUGGAACCGGUUCAGCAGGGACGUUCUUUCUCUGAUUACGGGCAUGCUCGCGAUUGUGCCCUCACGGCGAAUGUCCCUCGCCGAGGUAGUUGAACACCCAUGGAUGAUGCGGCCGAGCCAGAUCGCGAAGAAGGGCCCAAUGGUGCUCGCGAACUCGCUUACGGAGUCGCUUCGACAAACGGGUGACCUGCAGAUCGCCACGCCCGACGUCACUUACAACGUCGACGCGGACGGGGACCAAAUCAUGGGCAACGCGUCGUACAUCUCCCAGUUCACGCAAACUCUCAUGCUCUUCUCGCAAACCCAAUCCGGGCGCCGCUACACACCGCACCUCACGCGGUUCUACGCGCAGCUCCUCCCGCAUCUCAUGCUCCCGCUCAUCCAAGAAGCGCUCACCGCAGAGGGCGUGAAAUGGAAGUCCGCGCAGGAAUACGUGCUCGAUGAGCCCGGCGGGGAGACGGUCAUCUUGCGCAUGCGUAUAGGCGGGCACGACCGUCGGCGGCUGAUGUUCAAGGGCUGGGUCGAGCUCGAGCACUUUUCAAUAGGCGGACAUGAGGGGACGUAUUGCGUGAUGGCCCGCGAUCAGGGCAACCCGAUUUCGUGGCGUCUGCUCUGGAGGGCCGUCAUCGAGAACGAGGCGGUCGAGCCGCACGUGUUCCGCAAGAGGGAAGACGAGUAGGGAAUGAGAGGCGGUCAAUCUCGUUCAGCUUGGUUUGAGUGUUCCCAUUACACGACAUGCACCGGCGCAUGCGCUUUAUGUAGAUUAUGCACUGUUUCCGACGGAGGUCAGCAAUAGAUACAAGUGUUCCCUUGGAUUUGGAGGAUACAUUGCGUGCGGAGGGCGGAGGGCGCGGCGUAUGAGUAGCUACAUGAUGAACUUGUGAUUCGUAUUCUGCACGUAAUGUUGAAUCAAUAUAUGCGUGUUAAGGAGACCUGUGGCCCAGAUGCGACACAUACGAUACGGUGCGAAGACGACAGCUGCGGCUUCUGGCUAUAAUUCUUCUUCAAUAUUUGCCGUAGAUGUUGCAGGAGCUGCU